AUGGUUUUAUACAGGAACAAAACCGAUGCCACCGUCGGAUCCUGCUCAAAGUUUUUUGCAAAGCCCUUUACUUGGGAACAAGCGAGAGAAAAAUGCUUGAAUAAGGGCGCUCAUCUAGCGUCGAUAAGAAACGAUCGACAGCUCGAAAUCUUCCGACAAAAUGCUCCUAGAAACAGCGAAUUAUGGGUGAACCAUCGCCAGAGUGAGAACAGCUGGGCAGAUGCGUCUAAUUUGCCGAUGAGCAUGUCGUACGAGAUUUCCAUCGAGUCAAGAGCAAGUUCUGAUGAAUGCGCCGUCAUGGAUACUUCUGGUAAUUUCAAGGCGAGAGACUGCAAUGAAAAGCGCACUUUCUUCUGCCAAUACGAGGCACCAGUCCGUGGGUGCGAAGCUUUCAAAUUCACAACGGUUUUCCGCGAGCUCGAUGACUUUGCUGGAGACUACUCUAGAGGAAAGCGAUCCCAAAAAUAUUUACUCCCAUCAAGCAGCUCAGGCGAAGAUUUGUUUGUGCUAUCGAAAGACAUCGAAUCCAGUGGCACUGACGGCGACAAGGAGGGUAUUACUUUAGAGUAUUUGAUGCCGAUUGAGUCAGUAAUUGGGGUUGCUGAAAUCAUGAAGCGAGAAACAGAUACUUUUGUACACGGGCUUCCGACUUGGACUAAUGCUGAAGCACGUAUCGAACGACGAGCUAGUGGCGGAUGGAAUUUCAAAGAUCAAGAAGAUCAAAUCCUUGCUUAUACAGAACAAAACACAUUCUGUCCUGGUGAUGCCAUCAGUUGGACUCUUGUUAGCACUGGAGGUGAAAUCAGCAGUCCCUUCUCACUAGAGAAUAUCCCAGUCAACUGCAUCAAGCUCAAAACUUGGACUGCUGGCCAUAUUAAAAUUUCUGUCAAUCUUAAAUCCGGAGCGGAGAAGGCUCUUUUCGAGAAACUUCAAUUCCUUACCGAUGAUUAUAACGAGCAAUUCUGCUUUUCAGAAGAAAUUGAGUCUAUUUCUGUCAGAAACAGCAAAGCAAGCGGAUGGUACGGAAUGCUGAGAGUUUUUAAUCUAGAGGGCGACAAUAUAAACUACGUUUGCUCUGAAAAUUGUGGUGCAUCAACGGGUCCGACUAACGAAGGCCUCAUGGUCAGUGGUGGAAGAACGACUCAAAAUGGAGAGUUAUGGAUGGCGGUCGCGAAUUCUUGCAUAAUGGGCGAGACUUGCAUCUUGAAGCCAAAGUGGACUGUUUACGAUGGGGCAAUGUGCAUAAGUGGAAACGACUGCUUCACGACCGAAGAGACAUGUAGCAAGAAAGAUCUGACAAGUACCACUACAAGCUCGACAACCACCACCACUACAACGACAUCAACUUCGACAGCGGAACAAACCACAGAAGCGCCAACGACUGAGCAGACAAGUACCACUACAGCCACAACAUCCACCACCACUACAACGACAUCAACUUCGACAGCGGAACAAACCACAGAAGCGCCAACGACUGAGCAGACAAGUACCACUACAGCCACAACAUCCACCACCACUACAACGACAUCAACUUCGACAGCGGAUCAAACCACGAUAGCACCAACGACUGAGCAGACAAGUAGCACUACAACGACAUCAACUUCGACAGCGGAACAAACCACAGAAGCGCCAACGACUGAGCAGACAAGAACCACUACAACCACAACAUCCACCACAACUACAACGACAUCAACUUCGACAGCGGAUCAAACCACAGAAGCGCCAACGACUGAGCAGACAAGUACCACUACAAGCUCGACAACCACCACCACUACAACGACAUCAACUUCGACAGCGGAACAAGCCACAGAAGCGCCAACGACUGAGCAGACAAGUACCACUACAAGCUCGACAACCACCACCACUACAACGACAUCAACUUCGACAGCGGAACAAGCCACAGAAGCGCCAACGACUGAGCAGACAAGUACCACUACAAGCUCGACAACCACCACCACUACAACGACAUCAACUUCGACAGCGGAACAAGCCACAGAAGCGCCAACGACUGAGCAGACAAGUACCACUACAAGCUCGACAACCACCACCACUACAACGACAUUAAUUUCGACAGCGGAUCAAACCACGGAAGCACCGACGACUGAGCAGACAAGUACCACUACAAGCUCGACAACCACCACCACUACAACGACAUCAACUUCGACAGCGGUUCAAACCACAGAAGCGCCAAUGACUGAGCAGACAAGUACCACUACAAGCACAACUUCUUCCACAAGCACUUUUCAAUCAACAACAGCCCCCACUACCCAAGCUACAGGAACUUCGUCAACAAUUGGAACAACGAGUUCAACAACUACUGUUGAUAUACACACUCAGUUUCAAUACGGUAGAUUCAUUUUGAGGAACGAGGUUUGCUCGGAUAUUCAUGUGCCUUCUGUUUCCGUCAGCGACAUUGAUUUGAAUGCUUGCUUAGAAAAAUGCUAUAAAAAUGAUGAUGAAAUUGUUUUCAACUGCAAUUUUGUCAUUUGGGAACAUGACCGGUGCAGUCUUUACGAGUUCUGUUAUCAGAGAGAGCCACGAACUGAUUCUGAUAGUUCAAUGAUAACCGGAGAAAUGCAAAGACAAUGUUUCCCAGACUAUGUUGACAGUUAUUCUGAAGACUGUGAAAUCUAUGGAAAGCCCAUUACUACAGUAGCUAACGGCGAAUCUGUUUCGGUCAAAUGCCAAGAAGGCUUGGUGAAUACGGCUGCAAAGAACAAAGUUUCGCAUACAUGCGUCUGCGACGAUUCUGGCUGCGAUCUCAUCCAAAAACAACCAUUUAGAUGCGUUAAAGAUGAAGACUGUCCAAUGCCUUUCUGGUUUGGCGCAAUGAGCCACGAAGUUGUUAGCAGACGACGAAACUGGGCACUUAUAAAUGCUAAAAUCCAAGCUGUUAUCGACAGCGACAAAGGUUGGGACGCAAAAUUCUGGCGCAAAACUGACUGGACAGUUGUCUUCGUGUGUCCAUUCGAUGUCACAGGUGCAUCUGACACCGGAAGAUUAUCAUUUGAUCUCGAAGCUCGCUAUGGUUCUACUUCUAACGAUGGCAAGAUCUGGGCAUUUACUGGCCGAGAAGGAACAGAGAUCAGAUCCCAGAAGAAGAAUGACUUCCAGUUCGCUAUUGAUACGCCUGAUGGAAUUAUCAAAUGGGAACUUGGAAAGAAUCAGUACACUUGCGAGGUCGGUAUUGCACCAGUGGAUAGAAAGGACUUAGCCACUUGUCUAUUCGAUACUUACGGCGAAAACCUGACUAAAUUCUUGAAAACCAAAGAAGACAAAUUCCCGAAGCUAAGAAAUUGA